UGAUGUGAAAAGACAUUAAAGGAUUAGAGCAUAACUAAUGCACUGCAGGAUUACGGACAAACCAGGGUAGAGACAGAGCUGGAGGUAAACAGAGACAGAAAAAGACUGAGAGAGAGCUGGAUAAAAGGCCUGCAGGUGCACUGAGCAACUGAUUCAAAUCCUAUAGAAAUUAAAGACUGUAAGGAUCCAGCAGCCUGCAUGGCAUACUCAGGUGAAGACAUGCUCACAGUGAUGAAUAUAGAGAGGAUUAUCGAGUGUAUCAGACAGGACGAUCAGAAAGGACUGAAAGCAGAACUACAGCAAUUUAAUCGAGAGUAUGCGCAGUGUUUCUUCUAUGAUUUGGAGGAGAGGGAGAAAAGAAAAAGGCUGGAGCUGGAGGAGUUCCGAAAGAAUAAAGUGCGGGAUUAUGUGUCAGACUCGGAUUCAGACUACGACGAAUCCAGUAACCCAGAUGUCAUUUUGAGACAGGCUCUGGCUACGGUUUUGAUCAGGUUCCUCCGGACUGAACCGAAAGGGCGUGUGCUGAAAGUAUGCCUGAGAUCCUUACGGAUUCUCUCGAGGGACAAAAAGGUUUUGGGCCCUCUGAUCACUGACAGAGCGCUUCUCACUCUAGCACACCUAGGCGGCAUCAGCAACGCACCCGUUCCCAAAGAAGACGCCGACGGUGACGCCGACCCCUAUAAUGACAUCAUCGAGGCCAUUUCUGAGAGCAAACUGGGCCGAGCGGAUGAGGACGAUCGCGACGAUGAGGAAGAUGAUGGUUGCGGGGCCGCAAGCGGUGAUGCCAAUGACCUCACGGUCUGGAGCCCGAACGACUGGUGUGGCGAGCGUAAGGCCAGCACCUUUUCGAACAUGAGCCUCGGACCUUCUCGCCGGAGGAGCAGCGUUUUUAAAGCUCUCACGCCUGGUAAAAGAGACAGCAGAGGAAGCCUGGGAGGAGGAGAGGAAGAGGAGGAAAAAGAAGAAAAAGUUGAUGAUGAAGGCAACAGGAAGGAAGUCAUGAAAAUCUUCUGUAACAUUGUUUACAAUAGUGCUUGGGCACAAGAGAGAGCCAGUGAACUCAGUCUCCUGUGUGGUCUGACAGAAAAGCUCAAUAAGGAGUUUCAUUCCGCAUCUUCCCCUUGUGGUCAGUUUUACGCACUACGGUUCAUGUUCUUACUGACGGCGUUGAGACCUGAACUCAGAGCGCAGCUGAAACAAGAGGGAGGAGUGCCGCUGUUGACCACAGUGCUGGAGAAGAGUUUAUCAGUCCAGUGGAAGGAUCAGUAUGAGGUCGUACUGGAUCCUGCAGCACCUCCUAUAAGUGUGGAGGACUCACAGCAGGCUCAGGAGGCCCUCAAGAUCCUAUUUAAUAUCACACACAGCACACACACUCAAGAACCUGAAGAGGACGAUGCGUCUCUCUAUCGCCAUCUGGCUGCAGUUUUGCGUCACUGUCUGAUGGUCUCCUGUGAGGAGGAGGAAGCUGCAGAUGAAUUAAAAGGGCAUGCAGCAAAUAUGCUGUCUGCUCUCCCGUUGAGCUGUCUAGACGUUCUGGUAUCUGUGCCUCUGGGUCCAGACUCACACCAGAUGAAUGGAGCCAACAUGGACUGUGUGCACAACCUGCUCAUGUACAUGGAGAGAAAGCUAGAGCAGGGUGAAAAGGUCAAAGAGAGACUGACUCCUGUACUGAACUUGCUGACUGAGUGCUCCAGAGCUCACAGAGACACAAGACACUACCUCAGACAACAGAUUCUGCCUCCGUUAAGAGAUGCCAGCACUAAACCUGAACAGGGAACCACCAUGAGGAAUCGUCUGGUCAGGCUGAUGACCAACCUGGACACUGAGCUCAAACACUGCGCUGCUGACCUGCUCUUCGUGCUCUGCAAGGAGAACGUGAGUCGUUUCGUGAAGUACACUGGAUACGGAAAUGCCGCUGGACUUCUGGCCACUAGAGGUUUGCUGGGAGGUCAAAGGUCAAAGGCCACAUCAUCAGGCACGAAGUACUCUAGCGAUUCAGACUCGGACACCGAGGAGUACCGGCAGAUUAAAGACAGAGUGAAUCCAGUGACGGGACAGGUGGAAGAGGAGCAGCCUGAUCCGAUGGAGGGAAUGACGGAUGAGGAGAAAGAGGAGGAGGCUCACCGGCUCAUCAGCCUUUUUAACAAACUCUCAAAGGAUAAUGUGAUUCAGCCAAUGGGACUGAACGAAGAGGGUCAGCUGGUGCCGCUGUCAGACCUCAGAGACCUUUCGGCGGAGGAGAGGAAAUCGGAGGAAGAACAUGAUGACCUGGAGAAUGUGGAGUAGAAUCAGAACAGAUGAUCGAAAUGGAAUAGAUAAAAUAAUAAUAAUAAUAUUUUAAUAUUAUUAUAUAUAGUCUUUAUAGUAACAUCACCUAGUCUUCCACUUAAAUAUAUCUAAUUAAUUGAGGCACUUUAAUUAGUUAGUACACAACCGGUUAAAAGUUUGGAUCAAUAAGAUUUUUUAAAUAAAUGAAUAUUUUUAUUUAGGCAGGAUGCAUGAAAUUUAUAAAAAGUAACAGUAAAAAAAUGUAAGAAAAUGUAAGAAAAAUACAAGUGUAUAAUAGUUUCCACAAAAAUAAUCAGACAAUCAAGCAGCAAAUUAGCAUAUUAAAAUGAUUUCUGAAAGAUCAUGUGACACUGAAGACUGGAGUAUUGAUGCUAAAAAUUCAGUUUUGCACCACAGAAAUAAAUAAAAUUGUACAAUAUAUUCACAUAGAAAACAUUUAGUUUAAAUUGUAAUAAUAUUUCACAAUUUUUACUGCUUGCAAAAAGCAUAAAAGACUUCAUAAACAUUAAAAAAAAUCGUACUGAACCUUUGAAAGGUAGCGUAUAUAUAAAUAUGUUUACAUCGAUAUUAUUCAAAUAGUCAAUGCAUUUAUGUACUGUGAAGGACUGUAUGUUCUUUAAAUAUUCCUUUAAAUGUUUAUUUAUCUUCAGUGAAUGUAGAAUCAAUGAUAAAACCAUAGUGUGUCUGUCUGACAUUAAAAAGUAUAUAAAUUGUAUUAUUUUUAUGAAAUAACCGAUCGUUUCGCUAGAUAAGAGCCUUCUUCCUCGGCUGGGAUUGUUUACAACCGCAUUUGGGAUCGUUUGAAGCUGCAUUUAAACUGCAUUUGAAAGUUCAAACUCGGAGCACCAUAGAUGUCCACUAUAUUGAAAAAAAUUCUGAAAUGCUUUCCUCAAAAGACAUAAUUUCUGAAGAAGGACUGAAGAAAGAAAGACAUGAACAUGACAAGGGGGUGAAGACAUUAUCUGUAAUUUUUUGUUCUGGAACUGAACUUCUCCUUUAAUAUAAGUUAGUUGUUGUAUCCUCUAGUGUCCUAAACAGGUAACAAAACAUGUUGUGGGAUUCUUGGUUUUUAUUUACAUUGUGUAGCACCGGGAGGCUCCGCCCACGGUGAAAUCUCACUGGUCCAAAUCCCUCUCCAUAUCUGAAUAUUA